AUGAGAUAUCUCUAUAAUACCAAACCUGGCAUUUGCUACACAAUUGGAAUGGUGAGUAUGUUUAUGAGCAAACCAAAGUGGUCACAUUACCAAGCUACUGUCAGGAUUCUAAGGUAUAUAAAGAGGACUGUGAAGUUUGGAGUUUUGUUCCCUUCUGGAUCUGAAAGUGAGUCAGAACUGAUGUGCUAUUCAGAUUUUGACUGGUGUGGUGAUAGAGUUGACAGAAGAAGUACUUCUGGAUACUUUUUCAAAUAUCUGGGAAGUCUCAUUUCUUGGUGUUCCAAGAAGCAACAUGUGUUUGUGUUAUCAACUUGUGAAGUUGAAUACAUUGCAGGUGCUCUGUGUCCGUGUCAAGCUGUGUGGUUACUGAAUUUGUUGCAUGAUCUGAAUAUCAAGAUGAGUAAGCCUAUGAAGUUGAUGAUUGAUAACAAAUCUGUCAUAAGUCUUGCUAAGAACCCAGUGCUGCAUGAGAGAAGCAAGCACAUUGACAUAAAGUUCCAUUUUUUGAGGAAUCAAGUCCAGAAUGGAGUGCUAGAAGUUGUGCAUUGUAGCACCCAGAAGUAA